AUGGCGGCAAGAAAGACUGAAGAGCACGCGAAUGUGGACGGUAACAAGAACCCAGCUCAGAAACUGCAAGGAGGCCGAACACAAGGAGUACGUACCCCCGUUGCAAGCAAAACCCCGAGACGGAAGCGGCGCUCUCUGCCGGGGCCGAAGGCGGACGCCGUCGGUACAGCACCCACAGUGGAAACGGUCGAGGCAGCUUUUGCCGAUGUUGUGGAAGCCGUACAGCAGUCCACACACCGCCUCCGCUCUUUCGACAACCCUGUGGAGCGCAGUGCUUCCUGGACGGACGAACGCACUCAAGGAGGCGGCGUUCGGUCUGAUGGGAACGAGGUGGGCAAGAUGAACCCACUGUCUUGCCACGCUGAGAGCCCAGUUGCUCAGCUAUCUCCUGGCAACACGACCGCACACGAGGACCGAGCUCAAAGCAUCGGACUGCUCCCCGGUCUUCCAUUCGGCCUGCCUCCAGCGGUGAGGGCGGCGGUGGCGAAAUUCAAGGCUGCUGCGCGGGACCUUCUUGGCCUUGGCAUUCGCAAGCACGAAGAACAACGGGGGACUCAGGGUUCCGCCACAACAUCCGCACGCGUCGAUGGGGAAGAGCCUGAAGCAGUUGAGGAAAAGAACAAAAGAACGGGAACUACAGGGAAGAGUUGCGUGUGGUUCGACGUUACAAAACAUCGGCUGAUGGUUGAUCGACACGAACUCAUGAAGGAGCUUGGGGAGACUUCGAAAGGCAGCUGGACGUUGCGUUUUCUAGGCACAGGCGCCAUGCAAGCAUCCAAGCGAGUGAGUCGCAUCGGCAAGAUAUUUGUCACGCACUUGCACGGCGACCAUUCUCUGGGCAUACCGUCGCUUCUUUCACAAGUAGCUGCCGGGGCCUUGUUGCAGCGCGAGGCGGCUGAAGGAACGGGGGGGGGGUCAAAAACUCACGGAAGCGCGAAGUCAGCCGCUGGCUGCGGCGACACGCCGGGCGUGCCAAGUCCAGGCGGCAGCGAUGUCGUGCACCCUACUGCCAAGGGGAAAACGGCUCCAUGCGCGGACCAGAAGCUGGAGGAGGGAGCUGGACGAGACAGGCCUCAGGCGGUGAAUUGCCGGCAAGGCAAUGUGCCAAGCAACGACGCAGGCGAUGGAAUGCCUAUUGUCGAUAUUAUUGGUCCCGAAGGCCUGCGCAACCUGCUGCGGGCAAUAUUCAUACACAACGUGCCUACUGUCGGCUAUGUCGUGGAGGAGUUGGGGAGGACGCGACGACGCCUUCAUGCUGCUGCGCUUCAGCCGGUCGUGCAGAGAAACCUGCAAGCUCUUGCUGACUGGCCUGCAUUGAAGGACCAACCUAAGGCAGUUUAUAAACUUCUGUCAGCACUUCAACCUGGAGAUUCCUUCACUUUUCCGGAUGGCACUCGUAUAGACUACGAUGACGCCUUUGAAGAUGAAGCACACCAUCUUCGCAAAUUCUGCAUUUGCGUGGACACAUGCGACGCCUCUCUCAUCGCACAGUUUGCAAAAGACUGUGAUCUGAUGAUUCAUGAAAGCACGUUGAGCGAGUCGGGGGGGACUCCAGGAAGCGAAGUCGGUGUAGACGGGAAAGACGAUUUGAUUAAUGAGUAUCUGCCCUAUGACGCGGAAAAGGCCUCUACAAAACCCCCCAAAGAGCAGUGCAAAGCAAGGCCAACCCAUGGCAGUGAAGCUGUAGGAGGCUGUGCCAGUGCAGCUUCUGGGAGUACCGCGGAGGCUCGAACAGGGUCGAAACGCAAAUGGACUGCAUUGGACGAAGAGGCUUUUGCAAGAGGGCAUUCGACUGCUGCCAUGGCUGGAGAAUUCGCAGGUCGCGCCGGCGCUCAGAGGCUCGUGCUGACGCACUUUUCCCAAAGGUUCAAGGGAGAUGCCAGUCUUGGGUCUGUCGCUCUGAUGAAAAGCGUUGAACGGGAAGCUUUGUAA